UGAGGGCUCGAGACACAACUGAAGCUGUUUGGAUAUAUUUCAAAAACAGACAACAAGAAAGGAUGUCCUUACACGGUAGCUUUCUGUCUGAUGACCAGUUUGCGUGUUCCAUCUGCCUCGAUGUGUUUAAUAACCCCUCGUCCACACCAUGUGGCCACAGCUUCUGCAUGGGCUGCAUCAGCAGAUACUGGGACGGAACCAAGGUUUGCCAGUGUCCUCUGUGUAAGAAAACCUUCCAGAAGCGACCAGACCUCCAGAUCAACAGGACGCUACGAGAGAUCACCGAGCAGUUCAGAUCCAUGAGAGGAGGGGGAGGACCCGUGAGGGAGAAAAGAGGGGUGAAAGCAGUUGGAGGAGGAGGAGGAGAUGGUGGCCUACCGGAUGGUUUAUUUGAUGAACUGAAGAAGAAGCUGCCUCGGCCUCUCCCGAAAGUGCCAGUGAUGCCGACCUGUGAGCCCAUCCUGACCUCAUUCUCAGCAGCCCAGACUCCACUGGCAUCUUCGGUACCCAGCUACAGUCCGAUCGCUGCCAUGAACCAAAACGGUGCACCCCCACCGCCGCCUCCUGCCUACUCCCACUCCAGAGGCCGGAGAAGGUUCACCAUGUCUGGGGCUUCAAGCGACCAGAACCUCCCUGUCUGUGAGACCCACCACAGAGGAACAUUGAUAUACUGUCGGACUGACCAAGUAUGUAUAUGUCCUGAAUGCGAGACCCUGGACCAUUAUGAUCAUGACACAGUGUCCGUCGAAGACGAAUGGGUGAAAACCAAGGCCCAGCUGAGUGUAUCAGAGCAGGAGAUCCAGGAGAUGAUCAGACAGAGGAUCAGGAAGAUCGAAGAGAUCAGAAUGUCAGUGAGUGAACUGGAGCUGGCAGUGGAGCGAGAAACAGCGGGCAGCGUUUGCCUGUUUUCUACACUGGUGUCGGCCAUCGAGCGUUCCCAGGCAGAGCUGAUGGAGGUGAUGGAGAUAAGCCGGAGGGCGGCCGAGCACCAGGCCGACGCCAUGAUACGCCAACUGGAGCUGGAGGUCGUAGAGCUGCGGAGAAGAGAAAGCGCCCUCGCCGAGCUCGCCCAAUCAGACGACCACAUACACUGCCUCAAGACGUUCCCCAGCCUCUGCAGCCCUCCACCUGCCAAGGACUGGUCUGCGGUGUCGGUGGACUCCGACCUGGGAACAGGGACCAUCUACAGGUCGCUGGUAGCUCAGAUGGAGAAGUUCCAGGCAGAGCUGAAGAAAAUCACAGAAACGGGAUUUCCUGCCUUAAUUCAAGAACCCAGUCCGGUCCGAGCACAACCCAGGAUGAAGAGGGUGCAGGACUACGCAGUGGAUGUGACGCUGAACUCCAUGACUGCCCAUCCCAGGCUGGUUAUGUCCGAGGACAUGAAGAGUGUGAGGUGUGGAGAUCGACACCAGCUGCUUCCAGACAAUCCAGAGAGGUUUGACAGAGUCGUCUGUAUACUGGGCAGGGAGGCCAUCUCCUCUGGGAGACACUACUGGGAGGUGGAGGUGGGCAAGAAGACAGACUGGGAUCUGGGCGUGGCCCGACAUUCGAUCAACAGGAAGGGGAAGAUCGAAGUCACCCCGAGCAACGGAUACUGGUUCCUCAGCCUCAGAGACAAGAACAAGUACGCUUUUCGCACUGAGCCCUCCACAGACGUCCAAAUAAGCCUCAGACCGAGUAAGAUCGGGAUAUUCGUGGACUUUGAGAACGGACAGGUGUCGUUCUACAAUGUCGACGCUAAAAUCCACAUCUACACUUUCAACGACGUCUUCAACGAGUGCGUCUACCCGUUCUUCAGUCCGUGUACCAACAAAUCAGGGAAGAACGACGGGCCGCUGACCAUCACACCUGUGAGCAGGACGGAGUGACGGAACACCUGACGUCAUCUGCUCUUUCUUCUUCUUCUCUUUUUAAUAUAAUUACUGUACUUAAACACUUUGAUCGCCCUGUAAGUCCUAUUACAUCAAGACUAGUCACAUUUUCAUUGAAAUAUUCAUUGUCAGCUUCUUGAGACUUUCUGUUGGUUUGAUGUUUUGCAGCUGUGAUAUUUUAAAUUUGUGUUCUCAGUGAUUUUCUGAUCAUUUAAUGAAACAAUAAAAUUAAAUUUAAGAUAUUUGAUAUUAUUCUUCCCAAGAUAAAAACGUCUUCUUUUCAAACUGCAAAAUUUCCAGACACUUUGAACUGUCGAGUUUGUUCACAACAUCAUAGAUUUUGAGGACAUUUCAGCGAGGUGGAUGAUGCAGCUGCUGUUUUUGAGAAACAGACAGACCCAUUUUUAUCAGUUUUUUAAAGUUUUUAUCUAUAAGAGAGCGAAUGUCAUAAUUAAAGUUCUCUGUUGUAGUUCAGCAGUUUGAACACUAGGGGGCAGGAUUUGUCCCAGACACCAGAAGUCACUGGAAAGCCAAUAAUAUCUUAUAACACUUACAGAUGUCUAUAUUAUUCAUGCAUUAUUCCAGUACUUAACUCCUCUGAGGUAAAUGUGAGGAUUUAACAACAUAAAAUGGGAUUAAAAUGACAU